AUGUCUACAUUCUUGUUUCCACAAAUUGUGCAAUUAGCAGUCAUAUUUCUAUUAUCAAUUCUAUCAAUAUGGUUUUAUCAAUCAUGCUCACAGUCGACUGUUUUACAGCCAACUGUUUCACUAUCGUUUGUUUCACAAAAUAGUAGUGAUUGCCAGCAGUCUCUCUUAGAAAGUGAUGGACUUAUUUGUGAAUCAAAUGCUGCCUGGAAUGAACGUAAACACAUCUAUCGUAUUCAAGAUAAAGAAAAUAUGAUGAAGCGUAAAGAUGCUAUCUAUUUUUUGUCAAAUUGGGAACCGAAUUUUCAUUGUUCACAUGCUCGACGUAUGGGCGCUAUGGGAGAUGGUGGCAAAUGGGUCUGUGAUGUUCAUCGAUUGAAAGCCCGUCAUGAUUGUCUAAUUUAUAGUGUUGGAUCACGUGGUGAUUUUACAUUCGAGAUCGACAUGAAAAAAACCAUACCUCAAUGUGAAAUUCAUACAUUCGAUAAAAAUCUAUAUUCAUGUCCGAAUAAAGCAUGUAGUUUUCAUCAACUCAUGUUCGGAACUGGAAUUGAACCGAAUGGUUCAAAAAGUUGGAUGACUAUUGUGCAAAGAUUGAAUCAUACAAAUCGAUCUAUUGAUAUACUUAAAAUUGAUAUUGAAGGUGGUGAAUAUUCAUUCUUUCCUCUUCUAUUCAAUUCGACUAAGAGUUUAUUUCCACGACAAAUUCUUGUUGAACUACAUCCAAUAAAUGUCACUUUGGUUCAUGGUUUCUUCGAACUCUUGCGAAGCAAUAAUUACGUUAUCUUCAACAAAGAAAACAAUCUUUUAGCAGGUCCUUAUUUUUUUGAAUAUGGUUUUUUGAAAUUAAAUCCACAAUUUUUUCAUUCAAUCUAA